AGCCGUAAAGCAUUCCUCUAUAUAUAUGUGAUGAAAUAUGCCUAGCAGCAAGUAUAUCAUCAUCACCAUGUUGCCACAAGCACUUCUUCUGGUGACCCUUUUGAACAUUAACGUUGCAUCAACGUCCAAUAUUGUCAAAACCCUACCCGGCUUUCGCGGUGACCUCCCCUUCAAGCUUGAAACUGGGUACGUGGGAGUGGGCAGCAUGGAUGAUGUGCAGCUGUUUUAUUACUUCUUUGAGUCUGAAGGGAGUCCAGAGUAUGAUCCUCUUGUGCUUUGGCUCACUGGAGGUCCAGGUUGCUCUGCCUUCUCUGGCCUUCUAUAUGAAAAUUUAGGUCCACUAUCCUUUGACUAUGCACAUUCCAUUGGCAACAAACCAAAAUUAAAAUUGAAUCCAUAUUCAUGGACAAAGGUUGCCAACAUAAUAUUUUUAGACGCACCGGUAGGCACAGGAUUCUCAUAUGCAAAAAAUUGGGAAGGAUAUAGCAAUCUCAAUGACACCUUGUCAGCUGCACAGACAUAUGAAUUUCUUAGAAAGUGGCUUAUGGAUCAUCCCAAGUUCUACAAUAAUCCACUUUAUAUCACUGGAGAUUCUUAUUCAGGCAUAAUUGUUCCGAUGGUCGUUCAGGAAAUAUCGGAUGGUAAUCAAGAUGAACAUGUGCCACCAAUGAAUCUCAAAGGAUAUGUGCUCGGCAAUCCAGUGACAGAUAAAAAAAAAGAUUAUAAUUACAAAGUGUUAUUUGCUUACCUAAAAGCACUUAUAUCAGAUGAACUAUACCAGUCAAUGAAAAAAAACUGCAAGGGAGAGUAUAUCAAUGUGGAUCUAAACAACACGUUAUGUGUGGAGGAUCUUGAACUUUACAACGAGUGUAUCGAAGACAUACAGAGUGGACAGAUAUUGGAACCUUCAUGUACUUUAGUAGCAUUGCCAAAAUCAGCAGGGUCAAAGUGGAAUGUAAACUAUUUUAGCGAUAAAGACUCCGUAAAUCUCCUCCUUUCCUUUCCUGAACUUACUAGGCCAUGGUGUCGGAGUUACAAUUAUCUCUUCUCUUAUAUUUGGGCAAAUGACAAAACUGUCCAAGAUGCUCUUCAUAUUCAGGAGGGAAGCAUUAAGGAAUGGUUGAGAUGCAAUCAGACCUUACAAGAUUCAUAUAUAUCUGAUGUUUCCUCCAGUCUUGUCUAUCAUGAGAAUCUCAUAAAACAAGGCUAUAGAGUUCUGAUUUACAGCGGUGAUCAUGACAUGGUAAUUCCAUAUGUGGCUACUAUGGCUUGGAUAGAAUCUCUGAACUUGACUGUUGACAGUCGUUGGAAGCCAUGGUUCGUCGACGGACAGGUUGCAGGAUACAGAGUGCAGUACUCAGAUAAAAAGUACCGGUUGACAUAUACAACUAUAAAGGGAGCAGGCCACACAGCUCCAGAGUACAAGCCUGAAGAAUGCCAUGCUAUGAUUAGUCGGUGGUUCGCAUACUACCCUCUGUAGUCAGAAUUUCUAUUGCUGUUAUCCCAAAAUUAAUAAGUCAAUUGGUUCGCAUACUACCCUUUCGUCUGUGUCUGUUUGAGUCAAUUCUUCCAAGACUGACAUGAAAUCAUGAAUCAAAUAUCAGUUUGAGUCAAUUCA